GAAAUCAGCAGCCAUCCCGUAUUGUAAAUAGUACUACACAGAAUAUUUGUGUAGUAUUUGUAGAUAUAUUCAUUAGAUUCGUCUCCCAAACUUGCACAAUUAAAUUUAUUUAUACAUAAAAAUCACAAACUAACCAUGUCUUUUCCUUUUCUCGUUACCUACUUGUCUUUAAUAUUCCAAUCGAGCCCUAAUUUUGUUUCAUCUCUCCCGAAUAACUUAAUUCCUCGUUCAGCAUCAAAAUCGUCCUUGGAAACUGCUCCCCGCUACCACCCAGCGCGUUUCUUCCCAGAUAAUGUUGAGGACUACAUCGUCAGAGAUGCGAACGGAAGUGCUUGCAUAAUUUUGCAAUCCGCCAUUCAAAUUUCCUUCCCGUAUUACGAUGCAAAUCACACGCGCCACCUUGAAAGUGUCGACCCAUAUUUAAACACCCUUACAGAUACAUCUGGUAACUGUUCCCUUGGCGUGAUUAAACUUUCUUGGCCGGUGGACAACGGAAACUUUGGCCAUGUAGCAUUUAACUUCACGAAAGUAAAACAGGGGACACACUUUGCCUUACAAAAUGUUUCUGGACAAUUUUACUUGCCAGGAGGCGAUAAAUUUCAGAAGGCAUAUUUUCAUUUUGAGCAUAAUCUUAAAAGACACGUUAUGUUUGAGACACCACUAGAUCAUUCGUACCAUUGCGAAGAAGUCGUUACAAUUGCUGGGAACAACUUUACAAUUAGACUGGCUCACUUGAAGGUUCAGGCGUUUCGAGAAAGUCUGUACCCGAACCCGACGUCAUGUGGGCCAGCUAUCCAGUGUCCGAAUUCAACAACUCUUCAAACUAACGUAAUUUUUCUGCUGAGUAUUGUUGGGAAUAUUUUCGCCAUUGCUUGUGGCCUAGUUGUUAUUUACCUUUUGAUUUCAGGCAGAAAUAAUGACAAUAAAAUUUUUGUUAGAACAUCCUAAUUAAACAAACACACGGUAUGCUUUUAAUCAAUAAAUCAAUGUUAUCUGAU